AUGUCAACUUGUAAUAUAUCCAAGGUACUAUCAGGUACCUUCAUUGAAUUUCAAGUGGUAAUUUUAACACUUGAUGAAAAUCACUUUGCAAGUGAAUUAUGUGAUAAUAAAUGUAAAGCAUUAAUAAAGAUAUGUAAUAGAUGUAUGAUAUAUUAUAUAAUAAAAAAUAUUAUUGAACAGAGGUUAAAAUAUAUAACUAUCGUUGUUAAUAGUAAAUAUUAUGAUGACAUGGUUAAUUAUAUUAAUACAACAUUUCAAGAUAAUUAUAAAUAUGAUGAUAAGAAAGGAAAACAUAUUUAUUGUAUAGACAUCGAACCAUAUACUACAAACAACAAUGAAGAUAUAGGUUCCAUUCAAUGUUUAUUACAAAUUAAAAAUAAAAUUAAAUCUGAUUUUAUUGUGGUCAAUUGUGAUAUUCUCGGAUUUGUGGAUUUUCAUUCCUUAGCUAAUUUGUUUAGAGGGGAGAAUGCAAUAUGUGCCAUAUUACUAUUAGAAAACAAUCAACCAAGUAAUGAUAAAAAGAAGAAGGAGAUAACAGAUGAAUAUGUAAAUCUAGAGAAUAAUGUAUGGGUGUGUAUUGACAAGAAUAGUAAAGUUGUUAGUAUUAAAGAUUCUUUAUCUAUGAAAGAAAAUGGAAAGAUGAAAAUUAGUAAAGUAAAUUUAUUAUUUCAUAAAAAUUUUGUAUUAAAAACGGACUUAUUAGAUAGUCAUGUAUACAUUUUUAAGCAUUACGUUUUAGAAAUAAUGGAACAGAAAAAAAACAAAUUCUCAAGUAUCAAGUAUGACUUGAUUCCAUAUUUAGUAAAAAUUCAAAAUACAUCCAAGGCUGCAGAAUAUUCCAAAGGGGAAUUUAAAUAUAACAUGUAUAAUUCAUUAAUUGAAAAAUAUGAAGGGGAGGAUGAAAUUGAGGAAGGAAAAAGAGAAAAUCCAAUGUUGGACAUCAUAAAUAAUGAAAAUGUAGAGAGUGUUGUCUGUUAUAUACAACCAAAAAAUAAUGGAUUUUGUCAACGAAUUAAUAGUAUCCCAAAUUUUUUUAAAGCGAACUUAUUGUUUUGUGUUAGUAGACAAGAUCAUUUGAAAAACAUAUUGCCUCCUUAUUGUUUUUUUCUUCUAACGGAAAAAAAUCAAUCGUUUAAAGAUUGCAUAAUAAGUAGCCAUUUUGAUCAUGAAGAAAAUAUCCUCUUAAAGAAAUCAAUUUUGGGUAAAAAUGUUACGAUAAAAAAAAAUUCAUCAAUAAAUAGAAGUAUCUUAAUGGAUAAUAUAACAAUAUAUGAGAAAUGUGUCAUUCAAAAUUCAAUUAUUUGUGAUAAUGUUGUUAUUGAAGAAAACUGCAAGCUCAUUGAUUGUAUUAUUAAGGAAAACAGCGUUAUUGAAAAAAAUAGUGUACACGAAAAGGAAACCUUACCAUUAUUUAUUUCUUAA